CCUCCACCUUUCGCAACAAGUCUGACAUUUCUACCUCCCUUCCUCGACCUCCAGUCUCCCCCCUCUUCUUAUCUCCCCUCUCCACCUCCAGCUCAGGAUCAACACCGCCAAAGCUCGUCUCGCCUCCGAACGCCAACACAUCGGUCUAAACGGAGUACGCGCGGAGAUCGACAGAGCAACACGGAUAGAAUCGAGCUAAGGGUCGAGUUAAAGCUCUGAACAUGCGGAGGUCGGACUGGGAGGACCGGUGCAGGCGUCACCCGGAGCACCGGCUGUCCAAGGGCGUGUGCCCGGGCUGCCUCCGCGACCGGCUAACCCACCUCUCCGCCAGCUCCUCCGCCACCACCACCAUGACGCGGGCCUCCAACGACUCCGCCAGCACCUCCUCGCCCUACUCCUUCACCGGCUCCCCUCCACCCAACCACCACGCCGCCUCCCUCUCCGCCGACGUCAGCUCCGUCCACGUCGCCGGCGGCGGCUCCUCCUUCGUCAACGUCUCGGCCUUCUCGCAGCCGCUCAUGCCCACGGCCUCCAAGAAACCAGCUGGAGGGAGGCGAGAGGACGCCGCGAGGGGGAAGGAGGGCGAGGCGAAGAAGAAAAAGAAGAGCAGCAGCAAGAAGAAGAUCGGGAGGUUCCUGUCCAGGCUCGUCGGGUCGGAGAAGCGGCGGAGAACAGGUGACACCGACGGCGGCGGCGAGCUCUUCCAUUCCAGCACCAUGAAGGAGAAGUCGUCGACCAAGUGGGUGUUCUUUUGAUCGUACACCACCGCCUGCGCCGGCAGACUACGGCCACCACCGCCCAUGCAAACUAUGCUUUGGGUUUCUCUGUUCUCG